CAAGUCCUGCCCCUGAGCUUGACAGCUAGAAAAGAGGCAGUCUUUAUCAGGUGGUGGUUUUGCUGGGAGUUGGCCACUGCAGCCUCGGUCAGCCUGGAAAACGCUUACCUCUGUUAGGAGCUUGUCCACAAACCACAGCCAAGAUGCCAAAGCUGGUCAAUGUCCGUGUCACUACAAUGGACGCAGAGCUGGAGUUUUCCUUUCAGGCCAGCACCAAAGGAAGGCAACUGUUUGAACAGGUUGCCAAGACGAUUGGGUUGCGUGAGAUUUGGUACUUUGGCCUUCAGUUUGUGGACAGCAGAGGACUUGUCACGUGGCUGCAGGCUGACAAGACAGUGUUAUCUCAGGAUGUAAAGAAAGAGACACCCCUGCAGUUCAAACUCAGGGUCUACUUUUAUCCUGAGGACGUGAACGAGGAGCUCAUCCAGGACAUCACCAGGAAGCUCUUCUUCCUGCAGGUGAAGGAGGACAUCCUGUCAGACGAGAUCUACUGUCCUCCGGAGACCGCGGUGCUGCUGGCCUCCUACGCCGUCCAGGCAAAGUUCGGAGAGUUUGACAAGUCAGUGCACCAGCGGGGCUACCUCUCCUCUGAGCGUCUGCUCCCUAAAAGAGUGCUGGAUCAACACAAGCUGUCAAUGGAACAGUGGGAAGAGAGAAUCCAGGUUUGGCACGAGGAGCACAAAUCCAUGCUGAAGGAAGAGGCAACGAUUGAGUAUCUAAAGAUUGCUCAGGAUUUGGAAAUGUUCGGUGUUAAUUACUUUGAGAUCAAGAACAAGAAGGGCACAGACCUGUGGCUUGGAGUCGAUGCCUUAGGGCUCAACAUCUAUCCAAAGGAGGACAGGCUCACCCCAAAAAUUGGAUUUCCGUGGAGUGAAAUUAAAAACGUUUCUUUUAAAGAAAAGAAGUUUCUCAUCAAGCCUUUAGAGAAGAAAUCUGCAGACUUCAUGUUCUAUGUUCCACAUCCGCGUGUCAACAAGGGCAUCAUGCAACUUUCUAUGGGCAACCAUGCCCUCUAUGUUCGCCGCCGCAAGGCAGACAACAUUGAGGUUCAACAGAUGAAGGCUCAGGCCAAACAGGAGAGGCUCCAGAAGAAGAUGGAGAGGGAUCAGCUCGAAGGCGAGAAGAGUAAGAGAGAAAGGAUUGAGAGGGAGAAAAAGCAGAUGGAGAAAGAAAAGCAGGAGCUGAUGAUGAAGCUCUACGAGUUUGAAGAGACUACUAAGAGAGCAGAGCGAGAGCUUCAGGAGCAGCUGGACCGGGCCAUGAGGCUGGAGGAGGAGAGGAGGAGGGUGGAGCAGGAGGCGGCCCGGCUGGAGGCUGAGAGGAUGGAGGCCAUAAUUGCCAAGGAGGAGCUGGCCAGGCAAGCUGAGGAGCAGAUGAAGAGCCAGGAGCAGCUGGCUGCAGAGUUGGCAGAGUACACUGCCAAGAUCACUGAACUGGAGGAGGCCAGAAGAGCAAAGGAGAUGGAAGCUGAGACAUGGCACAUGAAGGCUGAAGAAGUGGAGCAGAGCCUGUUAAAGACAAAGGAAGAGCUGCAAAGUCUAGAUCCUCUUCCUCCACAUCCUCCUCAUCCUCCUUCAGACAACGAGAGUGACCACGAGCACAGCGAAGAAAACAGCACCCACAGCGCAGAGCUGCAGACGCAGGGCAUCACUGACCACCACAUGGAGGAGGAGCGACAAAUCCAGACUGAGAGGAACGUAUGCAUGAACAAGCAGCUGAUGGACCUGCGCUCGGAUCUGGAGUUGGCCAAAAGCGAUGGCAUGAAGACCCAUAACGACCUGCUUCAUGCUGAGAACGUCCGUGCAGGACGCAACAAGUACAAAACCCUCCGUCAGAUCCGCCUGGGCAACACCAAGCAGAGGGUCGAUGAGUUUGAGGCCUUGUAGAAACCCUGGACAACCUCUUCAAAAUACCUCAGGAAUUAUCUGCUCAACGUAUUAGAUAAUGCAUUGAAUGCAGCCAGUAGCGGUACUUGCAUGAAUGGUGCCUUGAGGGAGCCCUUUGCUCUGUGUCCCAUUCAUUCACCCAUCCCCACCUCUCAAAAUGACACACACACACACACUCCCAAAAGAAUCCAUGCUUCAAAGCACAGGAAUGUUUUAUCAUAUAACUUAUUGGAAAAUACAGAUAUGAUAAAAGUCUCAGAGUGUAAUCAGUGUAGAAUAAUUCAGUCUAAGGUUAUUGUGCUUCUCAUGCUUGUUUUAGUCCCAAUGCCCAAAACUAUCCAAAGGGCUAUUUUUUGUGUUUUCACAAAGAGAAUAAAGGGUUCAUAAAUAUCAAACCAGGUCCUAGAGAAUCUCUGUCCAGUGUAGAAAUGUCAAGUUCAGGUUUGGUUAUUCAGAGCAUUUUAAAUUUUAAACCCUAAGAUAAAUAAAUAUUUGUAACCCUUUAAUUUAGCAUUGAAUCAGAUGCUAUGAAUCGGACACCAACUUCAGUGUCAUUACCCAGUUGCAGUGUACGGCCAUUUUACUCCUUUUGUGCUGGCACACAACAAAGGGAUCACCCAGUCCCACUGACUGGACAUGCAAAUAAGCAAUAGCAAGACAGUUUUUUUCUUUCCAGAUGGUUGUUCUGCUCCUAAAGCCCUGAGUGUCAUAUGGCCCAUAUCAAGAACCGCCACUGAUUACAGCCAUGUGUAAAUUUAAGAUCUGGAAAAAGGUUGGUCUUGAGCUGCGUGAAAGUACUUCCAUGCAUUAUGUUGCUGCUUGAAAGUAUCAUGGCCACUUUUUUCAUACUAAGACAUUCCUAAAAAGGUGUUUAUUCUCAUUAGGAUAAUUAUGGAAGAUGAUUUCCUUCUGGAGACCAGCUGAAAUGUAUGAACAAAGCUGGUAUAUGUUAAUCAUAAUUAGCAAAAUUUGCAUUUGCAGUUUUGUUUUACAAAACAUGUGACUCAGUUUAGAUUUAUUUAAUAAAUGCAACAUGCUGCAAA